GUCAUAAGCAGAAAAUUAAAAAACGUGUGGACGGUGAGAUCUCUUAUUCCCUCUUCCACAAUCAUUCAUUCAUUCAUUUCUACCAUCUCUCGCACUUCCAAAACUACAUAUAUAUAUACACACACAUAUGCAAGCAUUUACACGCACAAAACCUUAAAUUUCACUAACCAAACGCCCUUCAUCACCACCAACCUCCUUUUCUACAUCCUCCAAAAAAAGGGUCACAGGCAGAAAGAUUCAAGACUCGUUUGAAGGUACAGAAACAUGGCACUGGGUGGAGAAAUCAUGGGCUCUUCUUUAAUGGAGAAAUCAUCGUUUCUUGCUGUCACCCUCGAUGCUGCUUCUGAACCAGCACAAGAACCGUUUUUUGUGAUGACAAGAAAAGGUGUGAAGAGUACAACCCUUGUUGCAGCCAUCAGUGAGGAUUUGGAUUUGGUGAAAGUUGUGCCUGAAAAAGCAGUGAAGUUCAAGGUGAGGGCAGUGGUCACAGUGAGGAACAAGAACAAGGAGGAUUUCAAGGAGACUUUUGUUAAGCAUUUGGAUGCUUUUACUGACAAGAUUGGGAGAAAUGUUGUUUUGGAACUUGUCAGCAAUGAUAUUGAUCCAAAAACCAAGGCCCCCAAGAAGAGCAAUGAAGCUGUGUUGAGGGACUGGUCGAAGAAAUCAAACCUGAAAACAGAGAGAGUAAAUUACACAGCAGAAUUUGUGGUGGAUUCCAACUUCGGGAUUCCAGGGGCAAUAACAGUGGCUAAUAAACACCAGCAAGAAUUCUUCUUAGAGAGUAUCACAAUUGAAGGAUUUGCAUGUGGCCCUGUUCACUUUCCCUGCAAUUCUUGGGUUCAGUCCAAGAAAGAUCAUCCUGGGAAAAGAAUUUUCUUCUCUAAUCAGCCAUAUUUGCCUGAUGAAACACCUGCAGGGCUGAGAGCCCUUAGAGAGAAGGAGCUAAGAGAGCUGAGAGGUGAUGGGAACGGUGAAAGGAAAUUGUCUGAUAGAAUAUAUGACUUUGAUGUGUACAAUGAUCUUGGCAAUCCAGACAAGGGGAUUGAUUCCGCUAGACCGGUGCUUGGAGGUGACAAAAGGCCGUACCCUAGGCGCUGUCGCACUGGACGUCCUCCGACCGACACUGAUUUGAAUUCUGAGAGCCGAGUCGAGAAGCCACUGCCAAUGUAUGUGCCGAGAGAUGAGCAAUUUGAGGAGUCGAAAAUGAAUGCUUUCUCAACUGGGAGGCUGAAGGGACUGCUUCACAGCAUUAUACCAUUGUUAAUGGCCAGCAUCUCUGCUAACAACAAAGAUUUCAAGGGGUUCUCGGACAUCGAUAGCCUCUACAGCGAAGGCCUUCUUCUCAAACUCGGCCUCCAAGAUGAGAUCUUGAAGAAGAUCCCAAUACCUAAGGCUGUUAGUAAAAUUCAAGAAGGUGGUCUACUCAAAUACGACGUUCCGAAGAUUGUAUCGAAGGACAAAUUUGCAUGGUUGCGAGAUGACGAAUUUGCCCGCCAGGCCAUAGCAGGGGUAAAUCCUGUCAACAUUGAGAGGCUUCAGGUUUACCCCCCAGUGAGUAAGCUUGACCCUGAAAUCUAUGGACCACAAGAAUCAGCUCUCAAAGAAGAACACAUUUCUGGCCAACUCAACGGGAUGACUGUACAACAGGCUCUGGACUCCAGUAGGCUCUACAUCAUCGAUUACCACGAUAUUUACUUGCCAUUCCUCGAUCGGAUGAAUGCUCUUGAUGGCCGAAAAUCAUAUGCAACACGUACGAUAUUUUUCUUGACUGACUUGGGCACGCUCAAACCCGUAGCAAUCGAGCUCAGCCUCCCGCCGACCUCUCCAAACACACGGUCAAAGCGUGUGCUCACACCACCGGUGGAUGCAACCACUUAUUGGAUGUGGCAAUUAGCCAAAGCGCAUGUUUGUUCCAAUGAUGCUGGUGUCCAUCAACUUGUCAACCAUUGGUUGCGCACACAUGCGACCAUGGAGCCAUUCAUAUUGGCAGCACAUAGGCAGAUGAGUGCAAUGCACCCAAUCUUUAAGCUUUUGGAUCCGCAUAUGAGAUAUACAUUGGAGAUCAAUGCCUUGGCACGACAGAGCUUGAUUAGCGUUGAUGGCGUGAUCGAGUCUUGCUUCACGCCCGGCCGUUACUGCAUGGAAAUCAGCGCUGCCGCCUACAAGAGCUGGCGCUUUGAUCAGGAAGGCCUCCCAGCCGAUCUCAUCCGCAGAGGAAUGGCUGUACCCGACCCCACCCAACCACAUGGGCUUAAACUAACUAUUGAGGACUACCCAUAUGCCACGGAUGGGCUGAUGAUUUGGGGCGCUAUCGAGAACUGGGUCCGCAAUUACGUAAACCACUACUACCCAGACUCGGCCCGUGUCUGCAACGACAAGGAGCUCCAAGCCUGGUACGCCGAGUCCAUUAACGUGGGGCAUGUCGACCUUCGCCAUGCAGAGUGGUGGCCCACAUUAGCCACCCCAGAGGAUCUUAUUUCGAUUCUCACCACCAUAAUAUGGCUAGCAUCAGCUCAACAUGCUGCAUUGAAUUUCGGCCAAUACCCAUAUGGUGGUUACGUCCCGAACCGGCCACCACUCAUGCGCCGCCUGAUCCCCGAUGAGAACGACCCUGAGUACGCAGUGUUUCUCUCAGACCCACAGAAGUACUUCUUCUGUGCCCUACCAAGUUUGUUACAAGCUACAAAAUUCAUGGCUGUCGUAGAUACAUUAUCAACUCACUCUCCCGACGAGGAGUACCUAGGGGAGAGGCAUCACCAGUCGAUAUGGUCCGGUGAUGCCGAGGUCAUUGAGGCCUUCUACGAGUUCUCAGCUGAGAUUAGACAGAUCGAGAAGGAAAUUGAGAGACGGAAUGCGGAUCCAAAUCUGAAGAACAGGUGUGGCGCGGGAGUGCUACCAUACGAGCUUCUCGCCCCUAGCUCCGAACCCGGAGUAACAUGUAGGGGUGUACCUAAUAGUGUGUCCAUAUGAGUAAAAAUUGAUUGUUGCUGUUAAAACACAGCUAGUUGAUUAGGUUCUUACAGAUAUGUAUAGUUGUACUAAGAUGAUUGUAAUACUGAUUAGUUGAAGGUAGGGGUAAAUAUAAUACAUAAAUGGUUGUAGAAAGGAGCCUUGUAAUUGCUCAAGUAUAUAUUGAGAUGGAAAAUUUUUAUCCAAAUCA